ACUUUAUCCGUCUCAUCUCCCAUCCACACACAGAUAAGAACCGAAAAAAACGUCGAGGCGUCGAGAAGGAAUAGCACAUACAAGAGGAACUGCUUUUCUGUUUCGAAAAACCUUUGGUUCAUUGGCUAUUGAAAACAGGGAUAGUCAGUCAAACUGAAAGCUGUAACGGUUUACCGUUACAAGAAGGCUCACGGUCGCGUUCAUCACCCAUCUAAUAUUAGAAACCCUGUCACCGCUCCGUUAUUCUACUAAUGCCGUGCACGCUUUACUUUCUCACUGACAUUGGGUCACGCGCGCACGGCCCACUAACGGAUCAUAGCAACAGGAGCGACGUAUUUCUAAGUGAAAAUGGCCGUGGAUGUGUUGGGUUUCGGGUUUUACGCUGGCGUCCGUCGCUGGAGCAUUUAGUCGGUGAGAUGCCGAGCCCUGGCUAGAGCCCUAUUUUGAGGCAAGAAUGGCCCACCACCUGUUCCUCCCCGUCUGUCCGCUGUGACAGCCCGUUUUCCCCCGCCAGACCCCGUCCUCUGACCGUCCUCUCACUCACUCCCUGACUGUCAACCUCGGGUGUCAUUCUUUCACGCCUUUCGGCCGAGCUCGAUUGCCCGCUGACCAGUAUUAUAAAGCGGUCAAAAUCAGCCUUCAUCGUCUCUUAUCGUUGUGUUAUCUGUGCUCUCCUGUGGAUUUUACGCAUCUGUCUGCUCAACUUUGGACGGACUAAGGAUAUGGCCGAGGCCGGGCGACCAGAGGACCAGUGUGAUGAAGCGGUGGAGGACGAGUUCGGGGAAAUAAUUAAGUGUCGAUCAGAUGAAAGAGAAGAUGUUCAAAAGAAGACUUUCUCAAAAUGGAUAAACUCGCAGUUUUCUAAGGCAGGGAAGCCCCCCAUCCAGGACCUCUUCACAGACCUGUGUGAUGGCCGUCGCCUGCUGGAACUGCUGGAAGGCCUGGCAGGCCACGGACUGGUGAAAGAGAAGGGAUUCUCACGCGUGCACUCGCUCAACAAUGUCAACAGAGCGCUGCAGAUCUUACAGAAGAACAAUGUUGAGCUGGUGAAUAUAGGUGGAGCUGACAUUGUUGAUGGGAAUCAUAAACUGAUCCUCGGACUCAUCUGGAGCAUAAUUCUCCAUUGGCAGGUAAAGAAUGUGAUGAAGGAUGUCAUGGCGGGCCUACAGCAGACCAACAGUGAGAAGAUCCUCCUGAGCUGGGUACGCCAGUCCACCAAGGACUACUCCCACGUCGAUGUGGUCAACUUCUCCUCUAGCUGGGCCGACGGCCUGGCCUUCAACGCUCUGCUCCACAGCCACAGGCCCGAGCUGUUUGAUUGGAGUGUUGUGGAGAAGAUGUCCAGUGCCAUUGAAAGAUUGGAACAUGCCUUCAGCAAGGCGGAGCACGCCCUGGGCAUAGAUAGACUGCUGGACCCUGAGGAUGUGGCCGUGCUUCACCCCGAUAAGAAGUCAGUCAUCAUGUACAUAACCUCCUUGUUCCAAGUGCUGCCUCAGGGCGUAACCAUGGAGGCCAUCCAGGAAGUAGAGACACUGCCUCGGACUAUCAUAAAGCAGGAGGAGCACUUCACCAUCCAGACCCAGCAACGCUACUCACAGCAGAUCACAGUGAGUCUGGCUCAGGGGCGGAUUCACCCCCCAUCCCCCACCCCCUCUCCUCGCUACAAAAGCUAUGCCUACACUCAAGCAGCAUAUGUCAAGUCACCUGACCAAAAGAGGAGACGCUUUACUGAGCAGACGACGCUGCUGCGCGGGGGCAGUCAGGAUGACCUGCAGCGGGGACUGAGUCCCCUGGCCCCAGGAGACACUCAGCUGGAAGACUACCAGAGUGGCCUGGAAGGGGUCCUGACCUGGCUGCUGUCUGCAGAGGACGGCCUACAGGCCCAGCCUCCCAUCUCCUCCCAGGUGGAGGAGGUCAAAGAGCAGUUCCACACACACGAGGGCUACAUGGUGGAGCUGACAUCCCACCAGUCCAGUGUAGGCAGGGUGCUGCGGGCUGGGAGCGCCCUUCUGGGCGAGGGUCAUCUAACUGAGGAGGAAGAGACAGAAGUCAGGGAACAGAUGAACCUCCUGAACUCCCGCUGGGAACACCUCAGAGUGGCCAGCAUGGAGAGACAGAGCCGACUCCAUGAGGUCUUGAUGGACCUGCAGCACCAGCAGUUGAAGCAGCUCACCGAUUGGUUGGAGCUGACCGAGGGGCGGAUAAAGAGGAUGGGAGCUCAGCCAAUGGGGCCAGACCUUGAGGAUGUCAAACACCAAGUGGAAGAGCACAAACUGUUGCAGGAAGACCUGGAGCUGGAGCAGGUGCGUGUGAACUCUCUGACUCACAUGGUGGUUGUCGUGGAUGAGAACAGUGGAGACAGCGCCACCGCUGCCCUGGAGCAGAAACUACAACUCCUGGGUGAUCGCUGGGCAGCCAUCUGUAAGUGGACAGAGGAGCGUUGGGUACUGCUUCAGGAGAUCCUGCUCAAAUGGCAACACUUCACUGAGGAACAGUGUUCCUUUGACUCCUGGUUGACUCAAGAGGAGGAAUUGGUUCGCUCCAUCCAGAGCAGUGGCUUCAAGGAGCAAAGCGACAUGGUGGCCAGCCUGAGAAGACUAGCGGUGGUGAAGGCUGACCUGGAGAUGAAGAGGCAGACCAUGGACAAGCUGUGCUCUCUGUGCCAGGACCUGCUGUCCUCAGUCAGGAACAAGGAAGUGGCCCACAAGCUGGAGGCUCGGCUGGAGAGCUUUGCCCAGCGCUGGGACAAACUGGUCCAGAGUCUGGAGAUGAGCGGCUCCCAGAUCUCACUGGCUGUCACCACGGCGCAGACUAAGCUGAGUACGAGCGUAUCCACCGUGACAACGAUACGUGAGAAGGUGGUGGUGAAGAAUACUAAAGCAUCUCUACCCUCCCCGCCGCCUAAUAAGAGACCCAUAGUUGUGGAAUCAGAGCUCAGGAAAAGGAAAAGAUUAAGAAACAGGAUUGACAUGGACUUCACAGAGCUUCACAGUUUCAUCACCCGCUCCAAGGCUAUCCUGCAGAACCCAGAGUUCUCUAUCUCUAGGAAGGAGGGGAGCAUUCAGGAGCUCUAUGAUAAAGUCCUGGCAAUAGAGAGAGAGAGGCCAGAGAAGUUGCGGAAGCUUCAGGAAGCCACUCGUUCAGCCCAGGCUCUGCUUGAUCAGCUGGCGAGCGAAGGUGGGAGUGGCAGGGCUAAUGACAUCCAGACAGCGGCCGAGGAGCUCAACACCCGCUGGGUCGGGUUCUGUGCCCUGCUGGUGGAGAGGCUGGACUGGCUGGCCUAUCAGAGCAGGGUCCUGGCCUUCUACAACCUCUGGCAGCAGCUGGAGCAGGCUGUGGUCAACUCUGAGAACUGGCUGAAGGUCCAGCAGCCACCGGCCUCGGAACCGGAGCCCCUGAAGCAUCAGCUGGAGCGCUGCAGGUUCAUGUCUCCAAUCAUUCAUGAGGAGCUGGCUCGUCUCUCCUCCCUGGAGCCCCAGGUCAGCGUGUUGAGGAGGCAGCUGAAGGAGUUGAGGGAGCAGGAGAAUGCCCCCGUCUUCUUCGAUGCCGACAUCGCUGACUUCACAGAGCACUACCAGCAGGUCCUGGAGGACCUCCGGGCCAGGGAGAGACAGCUUGUGCUCGUCCAGGAGAGCCUCCCCCCGGCGCGCUACAAGGAGACGGUGUCCACCCUGUUGGUGUGGCUGCAGCAGUGCGAGGCGAAGCUCGCCGUUCCCUCUACAGCCGUGACCGAACACCCCGUCAUGGAGGGGCGCCUCAAAGACGUCAAGACAAUGCAGGCAGCGCUGCAGGAGCAUCAGGUUGAGGUGGACUACUUGACGUCUACCGUGGACCAGGUGUUUCAGAAGACCUCUCCAGAGAUCAGUCAGAAGUACCGAAUGGAGAUGGACGGCAUUAUGGAACGCUGGAGACGUCUGGCCUCCACGCUAGCCGAGAGGGUUACCAGGCUAACGGAGCUGAUGGCUAAAUUGGUGCAGUUUCAGAACGACGUGAAGACCCUGAGGAAGUGGAUGGCUGAUGUCGAUGUGUUCCUGAACGAGGAGUGGCCGGCGCUGGGUGACUCCGAGGCCCUGGAGAAACAGCUGGAGCAGUGCACUGCCCUGGUGAAUGACAUCCACACAAUCCAACCCAGUCUGAAUGGCAUCAACGAGGUGGGAGUGUCUCUGAAGAGAGAGGCAGAGCCACCAUUCGCCAUACAGCUGCAGAAGGAGCUUGAUGAGCUUAAUGCUCUGUGGGACAUCAUCUGCAAACAGGCCUACGCUAAGAAGUCAGCUCUGAAGGGGGGUCUGGACAAGACCAUGAGUCUGCGGAAGGAGAUGACUGAGAUGCAGGAGUGGAUCGCUCAAGCUGAGGAGGACUACCUGGAGAGGGACUUCACCUACAGAACCCCGGAGGAACUAUGCAAGGCCGUUGAGGAACUCAAGAAGGGUCAAGAGGAGGUCCACUCUAAAGAGUUAAAGGUGAAGCUGCUGACCGAGUCUGUGAACAGUUUCAUCUCUAAAGCCCCUCCGGCCGCCCACGACACCCUCAAGGCAGAGCUGGAUGUGCUGACCGCUAACUACCACAGGCUCUGCAGCCGUCUGGACGGCAAAUGUAAAACACUGGAGGAGGUGUGGGCUUGUUGGCGUGAGCUGCUGUCCUACCUGGAGCAGGAGAACGGCUGGCUGGACCAGCUGGAGCAGAAGCUAGACGAGACAGACAACAUCCGGGGCGGGUCAGAGGAGCUCCGUGUAGCCCUGGAUGCAUUGGAGACAUUAUUGCGUCACCCAGAGGAUGGUAGGAACCAGAUCAGAGAGCUGGCCCAGACCCUGAUGGAUGGGGGAGUCCUGGAUGAACUGAUCCAGCAGAAACUUGAGGCCUUUAACACACGCUGGGAUGAACUGAUGCAGAGGGCGGUGACUCGGCAGCAGCAGCUGGAGAGGAGGGUGCAGAGUGCCCAGGAGAAGGACAAGACUCUGCGUACCAUCAACGACUCCCUGGAUGCCACUGACCGCCACCUAUCUGCAUACAUCGCCGACCACAUCGAUGCAGCACAGAUACCACAGGAAGCACAGAAAAUCCAGACGGAGCUGAACACUCACGAGGGGACUCUGGAGGAGAUGAAGAAGAAGAAUAAAGAAAAUGGCCAAUCAGAGAGAGAAGCCGCACAGAUUGACACGACACAGAAGAAACUCCAGGAGGUAUAUGUGAAGUUCAGGCUCUUCCAGAAGCCGGCAAACUUCGAUCAGCGCCUCUCAGAGUGUGAACGUGUCCUGUGGGAUGUCAAGGCCCAGCUGGGGGUUCUGGAUAUACGAAGCGUGGAGCAGGACGUGGUCCAGUCACAGUUGGAACAAUGCAUGAAGUUUUAUAAGAGUUUGAGUGAGGUGAAGUCGGAAGUGGAGACAGUGAUAAAGACAGGGAGGCAGAUUGUCCAGCGACAGCAGACGGAGCAGCCUAAAGAGAUGGAUGACAGGCUGACCGCCCUCAAGCUGCUCUACAACCAGCUGGGCGCUCAGGUGACGGAGGGAAAGCAGGAACUAGAGAAGAGUCUGAAGUUGUCGAGGAAGCUGCGUAAGGAGCUGAACAGCCUGACAGAGUGGUUGGCCACUACUGAUGCUGAGCUGACCAAGAGGUCAGCUGUGGAGGGCAUGCCCAGUGACCUGAAGGCUGAAGUGGAGUGGGCCCAGGCGACCCAGAAGGAGACAGAAAAGCGUGCUCCACAGCUGAAAGCCGUCCUGGAGCUGGCCGAUGCCCUGAAGGCUGUGCUGCGAGGCCACGAGGGCCUGGUUGACGACAAGGUCCUACUGCUCAACUGCAACUGGAUCGCUGUCACCUCCAGGAGUGAGGAGUGGCUCAACCUGCUGCUGGACUACCAGAGACAGAUGGAAACACUGGAUGUGAAUGUGAAGGAGAUCAGUGAGUGGAUGGAUGGUGCGGAGAGAGAGAUGGACACCAUGGAGCUCCAUGGACCCAACGACCUCGUCCUCAAGGGUCUUCGUGGGGACCUGGAGGUUAUGCGUGGUAAGGUGGAGGCUGUUGCAGAACUGGGCCGGGACCUGACGAGGACCCGUGGGGAACAUUGCCAGGCGAAGCUGGGGUCCAAGCUGGAGCAGCUCAACAAACGCUUUGAGACCAUCGCACAGCGAAUCACAGCUGGACAGAUGGCUGCCUCAGCGGUGGAGGUGGAGCAGUUCCACAGCGAGGCUAAGAUCUGGUUGGACCUGCUGGACGAAGAGGAGAAACAAGGAGAGAACCUGAAGGAAGAGGACUUCACAGAACAGGAUGGGGACUGUGAAGAGGGAGCAGUGAAGGAUCUGCUGCUGAAAGGAGAGAACUUACAAAGGAGAGUCCCAGACCCAGACAAGAAAGAGCAGAUCAGAAUCAAACACAACCAGCUCAACACCAAAUACAACACUGUCAUGGACCUGCGUGGUGUGAGGAAGAGGAAGGCACUGGCUAUAGCUCCCCAGUGGUACCAGUACCGCAGGAAGUCCGAUGACCUGCUCCAGUGGCUGGACGACAUACAGAGGAGUGUGGCCCAACUUCCUGACCCUCCAGAGGAGCUCAGAGUUAAGGAGAUUGGCUCAGAGUUCGAUGUGAAGAGUGAGGAUCUGAAAGAGGUGCAGGGAUUGGCCAAAGAGCUGUCGGAUGCAGGGGCGGCCUCCCUGGUCCAGCCCCGCCUCCUCCAGCUCAACACUCGCUGGCAGGAGGUGCAGACUAAAUUCACCCCCUACCGCCAACAAAGUCCUCCCGACCCCUGUCUGGAGUCACAACCAAUCAGUGAACCCCAAGACUACCUGGCUGAGCUGCAGACCCUGCUGCGCUCCGUCUCAGAGACUGACUUCCAACUGAACUCUCCUGAGUACUGGCAGGCUGUCUUCUACAACCUACCACAGCAAGGGCAGUGCCUUCAGGAGGUGAAGUUGAGCCUGCAGAACCUCCGCCCCCCUGUAGAGGGCGCACUAGCCAGGAGAGGUGAGGUGCUGGCCAUGGCCACCCCAGGAGGUAGCCCGAGGGUCAAGGAGACAGCUGUCCUGCUCAACAACAACUGGGACAAAAUCAACAAGCUCUACCUGGACAGGCUUACGCGCUGGGAGGCAUCCAAUGCUAAGUGGCUGAAGUUCGCAGCGGACCAGAAGGCUGUUGGUGAUUGGUUGAGUAAUGCGGAGACCACUCUGAAACAGGCGGAGACAGACCCAGCCGGGGCCAGACCACACUUAAAGGAGCUGCAGAGUAGCAUGCCGGUCCAGGAGGCCGUGGUGGGCGGACUGAACGCUGCGUCGGAAGACAUCGUCGGUCAGAGUACCCAGGACGACGGGGCCCGGAUCAAACUCCAGCUCAACGCGCUCAACGCUCGCUGGGCCACCGCCGCCGGGAAGCUUGCAGAGAGGAAGAGGAGGUCCGCAGAGGCGCGGACUGCCGUGUCAGAGCUGCAGGAGGACAUGGGGGAGAUUCUGUCCUGGCUGGGCGAGGCCGAGGAGGUGGUGGCCAUCCCUGUGACACCUGGAGAUCGCCAACGCAUGAACGCCACGCUGGAGAAAGUCACGGCCCGUGUGUUGGAGCUCCCAGCCAGGCAGAGUAAUGUUGAUGACAUCAACAUGAGGACGAAAACCAUCCUCCUCCCAGCUGACAAACACAAAGACAUCAAGAUCAUCAACACUCGCUGGACACAGGUGUCCAAAGACUUACCUCAGAAGCAACGUCAGAUUGAGGGCCUGCUGAAGGAGCUGUCUCAGUUCCAGGGUCAGCUGACAACCCUUUCCUCUUGGGCCUCUACUACCAGGACCACCCUGGAGGGGAAACCCGACCCAGCAGAACCUGAACCCAAGAUUCUACAUGAAGUUCAAGACAAGAAACCAGAGGUGGAGGGUGUAUUGGCUAAGGGGGAGGAGUUGUACAAGGACACGCCUCCUAGCCAACCAGAGAAAGAAAAGUAUAACAGUCUGAGUGAUGAUUGGAGGGCCAUUCAGGAACAGAUGAUACUACACAAAGAGAGACUGGGUGCUCUAAAGAUCCCCAAAACUGCUGAAAGUCUCCAGGGUGACAUCUCAGCACUGACUCACUUCAAUAAGGCCUGGUCUGAGCUCUCUGAUUGGCUGGUCGGGCUGGAUCAGAUGGUUCAGACUCAGAGGGUCACCGUGGCCGACCUGGACCAGAUCAACAACAUGAUCGGCAAGACCAAGGGAGCUCUGAGGGAGAUGGAGCAGCGGCGCCCCCAGCUGGAAGGUCAGGUCACUGCAGCCCAGAACCUAAAGAACAAAACCAACAACCAGGAGACCAGAGCUGCUAUCACAGACCGGAUUGACAGGUUGCAGACACACUGGGAGGAAUCACAGGAGAGACUGGCUGAGAGACAUCAACAACUCCAGAACAUGCUGCGUGACUCCUCUGAUUGGUUGGAAGCCAGGAAGGAGGUGGAACCUCUCAUCAAAGGAGCCAGUGACAAGCUGGAUUCGUGGCAGGAGCUUUCGUACACUGUGGAUGCUCUGAAGAAGCAAAACACUGACCUCAAGCUCUUCGUGAAGGAGCUGCGCCAGUGGCAGAGCCAGGUGGGCGUGGCCAACGACCUGGCCGGGAAGUUGUUGACCCUUUACAGCGCCGACGACACUCACAAGGUCACGAAGAUGACAGACACCACAAACAUCACCUGGGAGCGCAUCAACAAACGUGUUGGAGACCGUGAGGCCUCCCUGGCUGCAGCUCUGAGGCUGUUGCAGCAGUUCUACCUGGACCUGGAGAAGUUCCUCAACUGGCUGACCGAGGCAGAGACCACCUGCAAUGUCCUCCUGGACGCGUCUCACAAGGAGAGGCUCCUGAAGGACCCCAAGGCCGUACGACACCUCCUGAGCCAGUUCCAGGAUUUACAGGGAGAGAUCGAUGGCCACACGGAGCUCUAUCACUCACUGGAUGACAAUGGCCAGCGUAUCCUGACCUCCCUGACAGGCUCGGACGAUGCCACUCUCCUACGGAGACGGCUGGACAACAUGGGCCAGCGUUGGGACGAGCUCCGCAGCAAAACCAUGAGCAUGAGGUCCCAUCUGGAAGGCGAGAUGGCUCCCUGGAAGCGAAUGCACAUGACCCUACAAGAGUUGAUAGCCUGGCUGCAGAUGAAAAAUGAGCUGCUGGAGCAGGAACCACCUGUAGGGGGCGAUGUCCCUGCUGUGCAGCAACAGCUGGACACACACAGGGGUUUCAGAAGAGAUCUAAGGACCAAGGAGCCAGUGGUUAAUGAUUCGUUGGAACAGGUCCAGGUCUUCCUAUCUGAACUACCUGCCGAUGGAGAUGCACAGCCUGACCAGAGACACAUAAGUCCAGAGGAACGUGCGCAGAACGUCGGCCGUGUCCUGCGCAAGGAGGCGGAGGAUGUGGCGUCCAGGUGGAAGGGACUUAACGAGGAGGCUGCUGAUUGGCAGAGAAGGCUUGAGCUGGCUCUGGAUAGGCUGUUGGAGCUGCAGGAGGCACAAGACCAGCUGGAGCUGAGACUGAGCCAGGCGGAGAUGGUGAAGGAGGCCUGGGAACCUGUAGGAGAUCUGCUCAUAGACUCACUACCUGAACACAUCGACAGGGUGAAGGCGUUCCAGGAGGAGAUAGCUCCUAUCAAAGACGACGUAAGUCGCGUCAACAACCUGGCCUCUACCUUUGGCCCCCCCGACCUCGUCCUCUCCCAGCCCAACGUGGACAGACUGAACCACCUCAACACACGCUGGAGGCUGCUGCAGGUUUCCAUGGAAACGUGUAAAAGCUCAAGGGGUCGCGUGUCGGUGGAUGAGUUGGGGGAUGUAUCUCAGAUCUCCAUCAAAGAUCAUCUGAAGCAGCUGACAGAUGCUCAUAGGGACUUUGGCUCUGUGCGUGGUUCGGUCCAAGGUCCAAUUGAGCAGGCGGUGUCACCUAACAACGUACCCUACUAUAUCAAAGAGAAAACACCAGAAGACCUGACCCAGACCCUCUAUGACCACCAGACACAGACAACAUGCUGGGACCAUCCCAAGAUGGCAGAGCUCUACCAGUCCCUUGCCGACCUCAACAACGUGCGUUUCUCUGCGUACCGGACGGCCAUGAAGCUGAGACGGUUGCAGAAAGCUCUCUGUCUGGACCUCCUGGGAAUGCCCGCGGCAUGUGAGGCCUUUGAGCAGCACGGCCUGAAGCAGAAUGACCAGUUGAUGGACAUCGUUCAGGUGGGCACGUGCCUGACCAGUCUCUACGAGAAGCUGGACCAGCAGCACGGCAACCUGGUCAACGUUCCGCUGUGUGUCGACAUGUGUCUCAACUGGCUGCUGAACGUAUACGACACUGGAAGAAGUGGCAAAAUCCGAACUCUGUCCUUUAAAACUGGGAUCAUCUCUCUCUGCAAAGCACACCUGGAGGACAAGUACAGAUUCAUGUUCAGGCAGGUAGCCAGUGCCACGGGUUUCUGUGACCAGCGCAGGCUGGGUCUUCUCCUUCAUGACUCCAUCCAGAUCCCCCGACAGCUGGGAGAGGUGGCCUCAUUUGGGGGCUCCAACAUCGAGCCCAGUGUCCGCUCCUGCUUCCAGUUUGCCAAUAACAAGCCAGAGCUCGAGGCGGCCAUGUUUCUGGACUGGAUGCGUCUGGAGCCUCAGUCAAUGGUGUGGCUGCCCGUAUUGCACCGGGUGGCGGCGGCGGAGACGGCCAAACACCAGGCCAAGUGCAACAUCUGCAAGGAGUGUCCUAUCAUCGGCUUCAGGUACCGAAGCUUAAAGCACUUUAACUAUGACAUCUGUCAGAGCUGCUUCUUCUCCGGCCGUGUGGCCAAAGGACAUAAGAUGCAGUACCCGAUGGUGGAAUACUGUACACCGACGACGUCUGGGGAGGACGUGCGAGACUUUGCCAAGGUGCUGAAGAACAAAUUCAGGACCAAGCGAUACUUCGCUAAGCACCCCCGCAUGGGCUACCUACCCGUUCAGACCAUCCUGGAGGGAGACAACAUGGAGACUCCUGUUACUCUGAUCAACUUCUGGCCUGUAGAGCAUGAGCCAGCGUCCUCCCCCCAGCUCUCUCACGACGACACCCAUUCGCGCAUCGAGCAUUACGCAAGUCGGUUAGCUGAAAUGGAGAACCGUAAUGGAUCUUAUCUGAAUGACAGUAUCUCACCCAAUGAAAGCAUUGAUGAUGAACACCUGUUGAUUCAGCACUACUGUCAGAGCCUGAACCAGGGCUCCCCACCCAGCCAGCCGCGCAGCCCCGCCCAGAUCCUCAUCUCCAUGGAGAGCGAGGAGAAGGGCGAACUGGAGAGAGUGCUCAACGACCUGGAGUCGGAAAACAGGAAGCUGCAGGCGGAGUACGACAAGUUGAAGAAGGCCCACGACCACAGGGGUCUGUCCCCGCUCCCGUCGCCCCCAGAGAUGCUGCCCGUGUCGCCCCAGAGCCCGCGGGACGCCGAGCUGAUUGCUGAGGCUAAGCUGCUCCGGCAACACAAAGGACGGCUGGAGGCCCGCAUGCAGAUCCUGGAGGACCAUAACAAACAGCUGGAGUCCCAGCUACACCGCCUCAGACAGCUACUGGAACAGACGGACUCCAGGGUGAAUGGUACAACGUUGUCCUCUCCAUCCACCUCGUCCCAGCGCUCCGACAACAGCCUGCCUCUGAUGCGUGUGGCCGGCAGCCAAACCACUGACACCAUGGGUGACGAUGAGCUGUCGAGUCCGUCCCAAGAUGCAUUAGGGCUGGAGGAAGUCAUGGAGCAGCUAAAUAACUCGUUCCCCCAUAGCCAAGGACUGAGUGUAGGGAGCCUGUUUCACAUGGCAGAUGACCUGGGUCGAGCUAUGGAGUCAUUGGUCAGCGUGAUGACUGAAGAACAGAGCGACGAGUAGCAGGAGACAAGGGCCUGCCCCUUACCCCACUUCCAGCCAACCCUGCAUGCUUUUCUAGUAUAAAAAAAAGAAAACUGGAUUGGACAUGUUUACAAAGACAAAAAUACAUCUAUUUUUGUGAAGGAUCACCGUUACAAAACUUGUAGAUUUCAGUAGUUUCUUAAAAGUCUUGAACAUUGUUUUAUUAACAAAAGGCAGGUUUUUAAACUUCUAUGCAAUUGUAUAAAAAAAAAGAGAAAAGGUUGUGUGUAAAAUCUUGUGAACGUGUUUGCCAUUUCUUUGUAUGGAGUGCAUUUCAGAACAUUUAUAUCCAAAUGAAAGAUUGUACACAUAAGGGUGCUUUAUAUUACAAAACAUUUAUUAUAACAACAAAAUAUUAUAUACUGUAAAGGCAAUGCAGUCGCCCUGUACCCUUUCAGCAUAGACUGACUGACACUGUAUGUUUGCAUGUGUGUGUGUGUGUGUGUGCGUGCGUGUGUGUGUGUAUUGGUACGUGAGGACGUGUGUUACCGUGGGGUAUGUGGAGGUAUCUUAUUUCCACAUUGCUUCAUAGCUUUUGCUUUGGGCUGGUCAAACUCAUUUUUAUCAAAUCAUCCAUCUAUCCAUCCGCAGGUGAUUUUAAGGAUGUUUUAAGAUUUGAAUUUAGAGUUUAUUUUAGUAUGGCCCUGGCCUGCAUUCAAUGACGCUGUGAUAGACUUCUUCAUAUACUUACAUGUAAAGUCCUGAUCUGUGAUAUUUACAGCUGUCACUUUCCCCCAAAAUUACGGAUUGGGCCUUUACCACUGACAGAAAGUGAUAUUAAUAUUGCAAAAUCAAGUAAUAGUGGUUUAUUGUACGAUGAAGUCAUUUCAUUUACACAUAAUUUGAAUUAGAACUACAUUUACACUGGUCCUGUGUUUCAAGAUAAAACUAGUGAACAAUUCUAGAGAGCCCAUGAAUUUCAUUUCUACACUGUUUAAAACCCAACUAAAAAAUUGUCUUUUUGUCUUCUGAUCCUCCCCAGAAAGACUGUAGAAAAGAGUCUACUGUAGUUGUCUUAAAGAAUCCAUCCAUGUUUUGAAAUGGAGUGACUUCCUCCUACCUGAAUGCGUUUCAGAUACACUGUACUGUCCUCUGUUUCCUGACCAUGUUGGAUAUGAAACACGCCAGACAUUAAGCAAACUAAAUCAGUGUGCACUACUGUAUCCAUCCUGGACAUUACUGUAGUUGAUUUCCUGCUACGGUGCAUUCGUUACGUUUUAUUUCUGUUGUGUUUGGUUGAAUUUUCUGUGUGGAUUUGCAUCGACAGGAGUGUAAUCAAUGUGUUUUAACAAUAGUACCCAGGCUAAGUCCAACCAGUUUAUGGUUUUGAUCUCCAUUUGUAUGACCACUUCUUUUUUUUUUGCGCCACAGUAACGGUAGUUACCGGCAGCAUGUUCAACACACUGUUUUUGUUGCAUUAGCCAUCUCUUUAAAUAACUCAUUUUUCCACUACAUAUCAAAUUCCACCAAAUAUAUGCCUUACUCCUGUAUAAUAAAUGCUUUACUGUGUAUAUCAAUAAAGCACGCAGUUUGGUUGA